UAUCACAUCCCUCCCAAUUCUGAGUUUUUUAGUAUUGCUCGGCCAAUCAUGUUUACCAAAAGCAGCAUCAUCAUCAUCAUCCAUUCCUCUUCUUUUCUUCUUCUAUUGAUCUUGCAUACCUUUUUACUUAAAGUUUCACAAGGUCAGAACACUCUCCUGUUGGGUGAAUCCAUCAAAGAAGGCCAAUCACUCGUUUCUUCAAACAGGAUCUAUGAGCUGGGAUUUUUCAAUUCAACCAAUUCAACCAACAGUUACGUCGGCAUAUGGUAUCACCAGCUCCCUGUAAAAACCAUUAUCUGGGUUGCCAACCGUGAAAAGCCAGUGUCUGAUUCAUCUGGAGUUAUCACCAUUGACACACAAGGAGCCUUGGUGAUCAAUGACUCAAAAGGAACCAUCUUCUCAUCUAACACAAAAGGCAGUAAUCAGACAAUAGCCAAGCUAAUGAACUCUGGCAAUUUUGUUCUAAAGGCUUCGAAAUACAGCCAGGAGUUCUUGUGACAAAGUUUUGAUCAUCCUACUGAUACAUUCCU